AUGGGCUACGAAAAUUCACCCUACUACAACAGCAUAAACAACUGUGGUUAUCGCAGCGAAUUUUUGGCAAGGCCAUUUGAGCAAAACCGUUUUUCUUCAUCAGAAUCCUAUCCAAACAUUGGUUCAUCCUGUGCAUCUAGAGCCCAAAUGGGAAUUAAAAUCUUCCCGGCCGUUCAAAACCCACCUCCCUCCAGAGCAGAUACGGCGUUUAUUCUGGAGACAAGUACCGCAUAUUUACAGAGAAAUCAUUUUGGCGCUGCCGCAAAAGCAUCACGACAUAUCUCUGCUUUUCAAAAUGAUGUUGCCGAUAGACCAAUUAUCUAG